AUGCCCAAGGUCUACCUCCCCCUCAGGACGUAUUAUCACAUCGACCGCGGCGUGACGGUCGACGACGUCUUGACGACUUUGCACAUUGACCCGUCGACGACCUUUGCGUCCAAAAAAGAUAAUGGCAAUGCGAGGCACCGGGGCAUGGACGCGCUCCUCGACGCGCGGCCAAAGCCAAAAGGCGUGACGCUUUGCCCGCGCUGCCGCGGCUUUCCGAAAGAGUCGAGCGUACCAGUGUUGCCACCGCAUUGGAUCGAGACAUGCCGACAUUCGAGAGGCAAGUGCGCCUUUUACAAUACCAAGACAAGAGAGUCGCUGGAUUUUCCGCCGUGGGGCACCGCCGCGAUUUGCUCGACGGUCUUUCACCACCAUGGCACGACGCAGUUUGUGUGUCGGUGCCGGGACACGGCUCUGACGCCCGUCAUGGACCGGGCCAAGACGAGCCAGAGCAAGCGGGCCCGAUACCACUCGGUCGUGUAG